AUGAAUCAGUCUUUGCUAUACAGGGUGUGGGUGGGUGGACAAGACCUUUCCAUUGAGACAACCAUAGAGGAGGAGGUGGAGGAGGAGAAAGAGGAGGACAACCUCCCCAUUUUACUUGAUUCAUCAUCUUUGGCAACCCCGAUGUGA